AUGGUACUUAUUUAUGUGGAUGACAUAAUAGUCACAGGGAAUGACUUGAAGAAAUUGCAGGAUUUCACCACUCAAUUGAACAACAUUUUCUCUCUCAAAGAUCUUGGGCCACUUCAUUAUUUUCUCGGUAUAGAGGUUCACAGAGAUGAAACAGGCCUUUAUCUCAGCCAAGCCAAAUAUAUCAAAGAAUUACUCACAAGAACAGAGAUGUUACACCUCAAACAGUGUUCUACUCCCAUGACUGUUGGCAAAGCUCUCUCGAAAACUGAUGGUGACUUACUGCAGCAGCCUACUCUCUAUCGAAGUGUUAUUGGAGGGCUACAAUAUUUAACUCAUACUCGGCCAGACCUUUCAUUUGCUGUAAACAAACUCAACCAAUAUUUGCAGGCUCCCACAACAACUCACUGGUCAGUAGCAAAGAGGAUACUGAGAUACUUAAAGGGUAUAAUCAACCAUGGCCUUCAUAUCAAGUAUUCAGAUCAACUCAAUAUCACUGGCUACUCAGACGCAGAUUGGGCCUGCUGCCCAGAUGACAGGAAAAGCGUGGCUGGUUACUGUGUUUAUCUAGGUGGCACCCUUGUGUCAUGGUCUUCAAAGAAACAAGCAGUGCUCUCGCUCAAGUACAGAGUCGGAGUACCGAGCUCUGACUCAUGUUGCUACAGAGAUAUCUUGGAUUCAAGCCUUGCUCAGUGA